AUGGGAAGCUUCGUGCAAAGGCAACCGGUGGAGGCAGGGGGUGCGGAGCUUGGAGGAGAUGGGGAGGAGGUGGGUGGAGAGGUGGGGGCAGGAGGGGAUGGGAAGGGGGAAAGGGGUGGUGAGGAGGCAGAGGAGGAUGGAGCCGGACAAGGCGGGCUGCUCAGGUUGUUGAGGAGGGAGUGUGGUGGGGAGAGUGUGGAUGGUGCAGAAGGAGCAGAGGGAGGAGGGGAUGGUGAGUCUGGACGUGUACUUUGGGUACCUCAAAAGGGUGGGCAUGUGCCAGUCGCUGCUGCUCUUCCUCCUCCUCGCCUUUGGUUCCUCGCCUUCUGGUCGCAAAAGAGGGACCAGUCCGGCCCAUACCGCCUUACCUACACCACACUCGUGCUCACCGGCGUCGUCGUCUCCUUCAUCCGUUCGGCCCUCUCCUUCCACUGGUGUGUGUGCGCCGCCUCGCGCAUCCACUCCGCCAUGCUGGCCGCCGUGCUCGCCUCGCCGCUCGCCUUCUUCCACGCCAACCCCGUGGGCCGCGUGCUGAAUCGCUUCUCUGCCGACCAGGGGAUUCUGGAUGAUUUGCUGCCCUUCACGCUCUUCAACUACCUGCAGACACUGAGCCUGGCAGUGGGCGCCAUGGUGAUGGUGGCGCUGGGCAUGCCGUGGAUGCUGCUCCCCAUGGCGCUGCUCUUGCUGCUCCUCCUGCAUCUGCACCACAUCUUCGUCUGCACCUCCCGCGAGGCCAAGCGCCUGGAGGCGGUCACGCGCAGCCCUGUGUAUGCGCACUUUGCCGCCACCAUCCAAGUGGGUAUGCACACUAUGCCGCCACCAUCCAAGUGGGUAUGCACACUAUGCCGCCACCAUCCAAGUGGGUAUGCGCACUAUGCUGCCACCAUCCAAGUGGGUAUGCGCACUAAUGUCGCCACCAUCCAGGGCCUGGCAACGAUCAGGGCGUUCGGCGUGCAGCAGCAGUGGAGCGCCGCCUUCCACCGUCUGCUCAGCGCCAACGGCCGCGCCUUGUACUGCUGGCUCGCCGCCUCGCACUGGCUGGCUGUGCGCCUGGACGCCCUGGUCUCUCUCGUCAUGCUGCUCGUCGCGGCCCUCGCCGUGGCGCUCAGGACAAGCUUGCCGCCCGGCCUGGUGGCGCUGGCGCUGAGCUACGCGCUGCAGCUGUCCGGGUCGCUGCAGUGGGCCGUCAGGCAAGGGGCGGAGGUGGAAAUCAUGGUGAGAGUGAGGCAGGGGGCGGAGGUGGAAAUCAUGGUGAGAGUGAGGCAAGGGGCGGAGGUGGAAAUCAUGUUCACAGGCGUCGAGCGGGCACUGGAAUACACACACUUACCGCAGGAGGAGGGGCCCGAGGGGAGGCAGUGGGAGGGGGAGGGAGGGAGAAGAGGAGGAGGCAAAAUGGGCAGGAAAGGGGGCAGCAAGAGUAAAUCAAAAGGGGGACUUAGCAUGAUGGACAAGGAGCAGAGGGAGGAGAAGGGUGAGCAGGGGAGAGGGGAGGAGCGGGACGAGGGGCAGGUGGCGGCUGAGUGGCCGAGUGAAGGCGCAGUGAGAGUGGAGGGGUUGACGGUGCGGUAUAGAGCCGCGCUGGACCCUGUGUUGCACGAUGUGAGCUUCCAGCUGCAUGGAGGGGAGAAGUGCGGCGUUGUGGGGCGAACCGCCUAUCUCUCCACUCCAUGCCCACCAUCAGGCGCAGGCAAGUCGACACUCAUGCUGGCCCUCCUCCGUCUUGUGCAGCCUUGUGGCGGCCGCAUCCUAAUAGACAACAUUGACACGGCCACCAUGCCUCUCACUCGCCUGCGCAGAAACCACGCGGACGCGGCGCUAUGGGAGGCGCUGGGUGCAGUGCAGCUGAAGGGGAAGGUGGGCGUGCUGCAGAGAGGGCUGGAGGCGAGCAUGAGCGAGUUCGGAGAGAACUUCUCCGUGGGGCAGCGCCAGCUCCUGUGCCUCGCACGGUGGGUUGUCGGUGGGCGGGCUGCCGUGCUGUGCUGA